AUGGUCCAUGCAAAAUUAACAUCAGGGUAUUUACAUAUACUGGAAAUUUUGAAUGGAUCUAAUUGUGAAGAAAUAUCUGUUCUGAACUUAUCCAACCUGCAUGAAAGUCCUCCCCCAUACCAUCCAUCAAUCAUAAAGCAAUGGGUACAUCGUGUUAAAGGAUUUUCAUCACAGUAUAACUCAACUAGUUGGAGUGCUGAUCAAGUUAUUGGACCACCUAAAGUGUUCCCACAAUAUGGUGACAAUUGUGGAGCUUGGGCUCAGGGCUCAAUAGACAAUAAACAAUUCCUUGAGAUACAGUAUGAAGUUCCUGUGUUGCCGAAGUCUAUAAAUAUAUAUGAAACAUUAAACUCAGGAGCUGUAGUUGCUAUCAAAGUGUUAAACCCAAGCAGUCAGUGGGAUGUACUAUGGAGAAGUAACUCCGCAGAGGUCUUGACCAUCAGUCGAAUUUUUUCACCAUCGUUAAAGGAGGUGAGAUAUACAACAAACACAGUAAGGCUUGAAAUUGACUGUACCGCAGCAGGCAGUUGGUGCGAGAUUGAUGCUGUUGAAUUGAUUGGUCUUAGGGAGGGAGCUGUUGCAUCAGUUGAUGAUACCAUUUUUUUUGAGGAGAUGAGAGGUUUAGUCAACAAUCCAGCAUUUAGUGAUGUGAAGCUCUUCAUCAAUGAUGUUCCCAUUUUUGCACACAAGGCCAUUCUGGCAGCAAGGUCACCUUUUUUCCAUCAGAUGUUGGAGUCUAAAUUGAGUGACACAUUAAGACUUGAGCUAGAUGUGCCUUUAACUGAGAGUGAAAUGCUUGCUGUCAUGUCAUAUAUCUAUACCAACAGAAUACCACAAGAUUGCACCAUCGAUGAGCUAAUGACUUUAUAUAAGUGUUCUGCAGUUUUUGAACUUAAGGAGUUAAAGACAACAGCAUUACAUCGGUUGUUAGCAGUGCUACAGUGCGAAAAUGUUGUCAAUGCUUUUAAGAGAGCUGACCAAGAUGACACAUUAGAUGAUGUAAGAAGCAUAUGUUUGCAUUUUAUGGCAGAUCAUAUAAAAGAUAUGGCAAAUGUUUCAGACUUUGAAACAUUAUCACAAAACAUUUUAGUCAAAGUUUUGCAACUAGCAAUGUCAAAAACAGAGUUAAAUUCUAAUUAGUGCUGAAGAAUAAUUUACUAGUUUAGAUUAUAGUUUUAAUUAGCUUUUUCUGACAGUGAAAUAUGCUUAUUAAAAUUACAUGUUAUUGG